UAUGGCCGAUCCAAACAAUCAGCUGUUCUAUUCACACGCAGUUGUUUAUCGCUCGUCGUAGAUUUCCUCUUAUCGUCGAUAAAAAAAGAAUCAAUUUCAGUAUAAUUCUGUAAUUCCAUUUGAUUGCCAGUUGAGUGUAUAGUGUAUAGCAAUACCAAAUGUUAAUUUUGUCAAGGAGCAGCGAAUACAGAGGACAGCAGACGUGCAACAGAACGGAUAAAACGAAUUUUACUAAUAAAACACAGCUAUGAUGUUUAUACGCCCAAGAAUUCAGCAUAAAAUAUUACUCGACCACGCUCUUCGAGUCUUCUCUGCAGCAUCAUGUCCACAACGCGAGAAUUCAUCUCAAACCAAUAGCAGUGACAACAGUGGUGAUAAGCAAGCUCGGAAAAAACUAAGUCCUUAUCUCGCAAGUUUAGCAGCACUUGGUGGCGCCUACUAUCUAUAUCAGCUGAGAAAAGCCCAGAAAAACCUUCCGGAAUUCAGACAUGAGCACCGAAGAUACGAUCUACCGAACUACACGAUAAAGGAGAUCCAUGAGCGUCGAGAUCAAGGCUAUAUCUGGUCUACCUAUGGUCGCGGUGUGUACGAUCUCACGCAGUAUGCUAAAAUACAUCCCGGCGGUGAAGAGAUGAUCGCUAUGGCAGCCGGUGGAUCGUUGGAGCCUUUUUUCAUAGAGUAUGGCUUUCACCGGACGCCAAAGAUAUUUGAGUUGCUGGAGGCCACGAGGGUAGGAAAUUUGGUACAUAGUCAUAUGAACGGACAUCAUCACCAUCAUCAUCAUCGUCAUCACGAAAAACCUGAUAGGUGUAAGCCGCCCAAAGUUCUACCAAAAGUCGAUCCAGAAAGCUACAGGCUGGGGCUACAACUCGGAGCUGAAACAGUAAAAGCUCUGAAACUGGAAGAUUUGAAGCUCUACCCAAAGUAUUCAAUCGUAAGCUCUAUUCCGUGUAAAAGCGAUCGUAAGCAGAAGGAAGAAGCGAACGCGACGACGGCUGGCCCGACCUGGACUGGCACUCGUCUUUGUGAUAUCUUAGCGGAUAUGGAGGACAGUGACCUGAGCGAGUACGACGAGCUAGAAUUCGAGUGCCUUGAUGCCAGCAAAUCCGGCAACGGCUCUUACAAUACACGCGUCCCAUUGGACAAAGUAUUACUUACUCCUAAUAGUGAGGAAAAAUCUCCGGAACUCGAGGUGUUACUAGCUUACGAAAAGGACGGCGUCGAAUUAGAGCCCGAACACGGUUAUCCCGUUCGAGUAGUGAUGCCCCAGUUGGCUGGUUCCAGGAACGUGAAGUGGCUCGGCAAAAUCCUACUUAAGAAGUCGAAACCUGAGCCAGAGAAUGCCGAAUUGCAAUAGAAGAGAAAUGCUGGAAUAUAGCAUAUACAUGUGUAUUAUGAAAUUCUACUUAAUUCUAAAGUUACCAUUGCCUUACCAAUAUUCAAAUGUGAUAUACUAAUAAUUAAUGCUUCAUAUGCGAGAAUUUUAACGAUAAAUACAAAUUUGCAUAUUGCCUUUAUAUAAAA